AUGGCGCCAGACGUGAUCGAGCUCAGCGAUGGCAGCGACGAUGACAGCGGGUUCGCUGAAUUCGCGCGAGGUGGGGCGAGUCGAGCGGUCUCAACGAGCGUACCAGCAGCCAGAUCGGCCAAACGAGCUUUCGACCUCGCUACCUCCGACGACCUCCCGCCUCCGACCGCCUUGUUCGGCGCCAGUUCGCGCGCAAAUGGUCUGGUGGGAGGUCAGGCGAUGGGAAGGAGUGCCAGCAUGACGGCUGGGACGGGCAGGAUCGCGCAGAGCGUUCCCCUCCAGCGCGCUCACACACUCGCACAGAUGAGCGAUCUCGACCCCAUCCUUACCUCCUCCUCGCCGCAUCCCAUGCGCAACAACUUCGGCCUCCUCUCCUCUCCAGCCCUUCCUCCACCCGCUCGUCCCGCUCAAGACAUCAUCGACAUUGACGACAUCGACGCCGAUGAGCAACUGCGGCUGUGGAACGAGCUGUCGCAAAGCGCGAAAGCGAGUGCUGCCCCGUUCAUGACGGACAGGGAAAAAGGGAAGGGGAAGGUGCAGGCCCUCGUGCAGGAAGAGGAGGACUUGUGGGCGGACAUCUUGGCGAGUCCUGCGACGGAUGUGAAAGGGAAGGGCAAGAAGGGAAAGGGGAAAGGGAAGGAGAAGGAGCGUUCGCCGGACGAAGGACCCGCUCGUAAGCGGUCGCUGAGUGCAGCGGUGGGCGAGGAAGACGGGAUUGCGGCUGCGCGAAAGGGCAAGACCUCGCGACUUUCCGCCGACGCCGCUCCUCCAGCUCGUGCAACGUCCGCUGCUUCCACCUCGACGUCGGCUUCGACCGCCGGCCUAUCGAAGACCGCGCUUAAAAAGCUCGAGACUGCCGACCGCAUGCGCUUGCGCGAGGCCAACACUCUGCGAGCUGGCGACAAGAAGGUCACGACUGCCGAGCUCACCGUCCACAUCUCCGGUACUGCCUUCGCAAAUCCCGACGACGACUCGUCCAGCGAAGAUUCGGACGACUUGUAUGGCGACGGCGGGCGGAAGAAGAAGGGCAAGACGGCGAGACAGAAGUCGAAGCCGUCGCCUUGGCUCGAGAUCACCCGCGACGUCCAGGAACGGCUCAAGCAGUACGACUGUGAUGUCGAAUGUCCCGAGUCACCGAGGCAGGAUCUUGGAUGCGAGGGAGCGGUGAGGUGGACGAGGUUGUGCGACAGGAUGUGGAGCGAGGAGCGCAGGAUGUACGUCCCGCUCAAGGACAAGGAGCGGAUCGUGGUCGAGGAGGAUUCGCGCUUGAUUUUUUUGACCGCCCUCGACCUGUCCCGCCACAUCGCCAACUCUACCCUCUCUACCCAUAUCUCGACCAUCCAGUCCCGCCUUCCGCCUCACGUCAACCUCUUCAUCAUGCUCUUCGGCCUCAACACGCUCUACCGCGACAUGGAGCGAGCGAGGCAGGAGGCGUACCGCAAUUCGAUUCGUGCGGGACAAGCGGAGGGAGCGGAUGCACCAACGAAGGGUGUCAAGCCUGCUGGGAUCGGCGAGGAUCAACCGAGUCGGGAUGAUUUGGAGCUGGAGCUGAUGAGGGUACAGGUCAAGUCCCGCUGCAUGAUCGUCAGCGUCGACAAGGUCGCCGAAGCGGUCGACUGGUUCGAGCAGCUCACGUUCGACAUCGGCCAGAAGCCGUAUCAACGUCUCAAGCACUCGCACAUCUCGAUCCUCGGCACGUCAGAAGACAAAGUCGUCUCAGGCAAGGACCUGCAAGACACGUACAUCCGCAUGCUCGCCUCGCUCCCCAAAGUCACCGAGUCGGUCGCCAAGGGGAUUGUCGCCGAGUAUCCGACGCUGAGGGCGCUGUACGAGAGUUGGGAUCGGUGUCCGAGCGAGAGGGACAAGAAGGAGAUGCUCGUCGGAAUUGGGAAAGGGCGCAACCUUGACGGCACAGCGACGAACCGCGCAAUCGGCAAAGACCUGUCCGCCUUCAUCUACAAGGUCUUCAACUCCCGCGAUCCGACCAUGUUCCUCUAG